AUGGGGAAAUACUCGAGCGCUUCCUCUAGCAAGUCCUCCAGCUCCUCUGGAGGCAAACAGGCUAGUUCUUCAAGAACCGGUUCCAAGACCCAGAAAUGGAUCUGGUACUGCGGCAACUGCAAGUUCGGGCCUUGGAACUAUCAGAUUGAUACACAUUGCUUCAACUGUUCCCAUCAAAUCUGCAAUACCUGCGAUGUCCGCCAGAUCCCAAUCGACACCCGCAAAUAA